UAACCCCCUUGCAGGUAAAUGCAGGUUUAGCUUUCUGAGAAAAAAGCAACUGAAAAUGAUCCAAAAUCCAAACAUUUAUUCAGUGUUCUGAGUCCAUGAUGGAGACCAAUCUUAAAGUUUCUACCAAACACACAUUCAUGCACAGGGGUUAAGUGCUCAAUGUCACUGUAAUGGAGCUCAAUAAAACUUACCUUUCCAUUAGAAUGAUAUGUUUUAAUUGGGGAUUAAAUCCACCACUUUCUAAUUAAUCUCAGAUACAGAAAUUGGAAACCAUUUGUAACUCCCUCUGCUGGAGGCAAAAAAAUGGACAGAGAGCUGCUGAAAGAGGUGAGUGACCUGCAGCUACAGGAAUGGUACUAUGAAUAGAAAGGUGUUUGGGAAUCCACAAGAUUCCCUGGAUCCAUUUGGAGUUCCACUAUGGGACAGAAAAAAAAAAUGAAAAGCCAAUCUUUAGCAAGUGAGGAAAUUUCAAAAGUCCCUUCUGGCGUCCAGCUUGGGAGCUGUGGGGAGAUCUGGGCAAGAACUGGGCAGAAGAUCCUGGAGGAGAAAUCCACCCUUUUAGAAGUUCAGCCCUGGAACUUCAGGAGCUUCCAGUACAAGGAGAAUGAAGGUCCCCGAGGACUUUGCAGUCAACUUCAUUCCUUUUGUAGUCAAUGGUUGAGACCAGAAAAGCACACAAAAGUGCAGAUGCUGGACCUGGUUGUUUUGGAGCAGUUCCUGGCACUUCUGCCUCUGCAGAUGGAGAGCUGGGUGUGGGAGUGUGGAGCAGAGACCAGCUCCCAGGCGGUGGCCCUGGUGGAAGGCUUCCUCCUGAGCCAGGCAGAGGAGGGGAAGGAGCAGGUUGAGUUGCAGUCCUUCAUGGUGGAGAUCAGAGAUCCUGAGGGAAGGAGGCAUCCAUCAAGUUCAUCUCAGGAAAUGUUUUUCAGGAGGUUCUCUCAGGAUGAUCCAAAUCAAGACACAACCAGAGGGAAGAAUAGAAGGAAGUUCACCGUUCCUGAUGGUGGAACUGAAACAAAGAUUGAAACUCCAAUUCAAGAGGGCCUUGUCUCCUUUGAGGAUGUGGCUGUGUAUUUCUCUGAGGAGGAAUGGUCUCAGCUGGAUCCUGACCAGAAAGCUCUGCAUUGGGAAGUCAUGCUGGAAAAUUACAGGAACGUGGCCUCUCUUGGUGAUAAUGAGCAGGACCAUAAGGAAUCAAGGGAAUCAUUCCAAGAGUUCAGACGUGCAGACGUAAUGGAGAAACCUGCAAUUCAAACGGAAUUCCAAAGGCAGGAGAGAAACCCCUCAAAUAAUUGGAAUAAGGAAAGCUCAUCUUCCAUUGAGGCUCACGUGCCCAAUUUUCUUCGGCAACUGGAAAAAAUAGAAAAAAAAUAUAUUUGGAAAGGUGUAAAACUAUCCAAAGACACAUUAGAGGUCAAUGAACAUCAUCCAUCCACAUCCAAAGGACAAGAUUAUAAAUGCAAAGACAAUGGAAAAAAUUACUGUUGGACUUUUCCAUUUUCUCUGAAAAAUGGGUCUCUAACAUCGCAUAAAAGUCUUCCCAUCGGGGAGAAUCCAGAGAAAGGCACAGAGAAUGGAAUAAGCUUCUGUGAAAGGAAGAUUUUUACUGCUCAGGAAAGGAACCAGAAGGAAAAACCAUAUAGAUGCAUAGACUGUAGAAGAGGAUUCCAUAAAGUUGCAUCCCUUGUAAGACAUAAGUUAAUUCACACAGGUGACGCACCAUAUAAAUGCACAGAGUGUGGAAAGGGCUUCAACAAAAGGAGUAAUCUUAAAUCCCAUGAAAUGAUCCACACAGGAGAGAAGCCAUGUAAAUGUACGGAGUGUGGAAAGACUUUUAGUCACAGUAGUGCCCUUAUUUGCCAUCAGAGGAUCCACACAGGGGAGAAACCAUAUAAAUGCACGGAUUGUGGAAAGGCUUUUAGUCAGAGCACUCACCUUACUUCCCAUAAAAGGAUCCACACAGGAGAGAAACCAUAU